AUGCUGUUCAACAAGCUUGAGGAAUCCGCGCGCUUCAAGUCGCUGCUCGCCUCCUCCAGCGCUGCGAAAAAUGCGGAAUUGGCUGAGCUGCUGCGCGACCGCUCGCGCUGUGACCGUCUUAUCAAGAGUUACAAUGGGGUUACUUUGGACCUCUCCAGGCAGCUGAUAGAUUCUGAGACGUUGGACGUCCUGCUAUCUCUAUCGCGGGAGAUGGGUGUGCCCGAGAAGAUCGAAAUGCUGUUCAAUGGUGGAAUUUUGAAUGGCACCGAGGGUCGUUCUGUGCUGCACAGCGCCCUGCGUGCCCCUCGUGGUACGUCCCUAACUGUGGACGGCAGCGACGUGGUUGCCGAUGUUUACAGCGUGCUUGACAGCAUCAAGGAGUUCUCCAAUCGCGUCCGCAAAGGUUCCAUCGUCGCCUCUGACGGAAAGCCCUUUGACUCCCUGCUUUGCAUAGGCAUUGGCGGUUCCUACCUCGGUAUCGCAUUCGCGGCCCAGGCGUUCAUGGCCUCGUCAUCGGCACGUAGGGAAUCCGAGGGCCGCAAGAUCCGCUUCCUAGCCAACGUGGACCCAGCUGGUUUCCGUAUUGCAACUGAGGGCCUCGACGCCAACAGGACGAUGGUUAUCGUAAUUUCAAAGACGUUCACGACGGCUGAAACCAUGAAGAAUGCAGUCAUAGCUCGCGACUGGCUCCAGUCCAACAUCAGCGACCCUUCCAAAUUUGGCGACCACCUCUGCGCCAUCAGCACCAACCUCAAGUUGACCAAGGACUUCGGUAUUGACGACUCGCAUGUAUUCGGUUUCUGGGACUGGGUGGGUGGCCGUUUCAGCGUAUCUUCCGCUGUCGGCAUGCUCCCCCUCGCGAUCCACUUCGGUUUCGACAUCGCUGAGCAAUUCUUGUCCGGCGCACGCAUGAUGGAUGAGCAUUUCCGCCAAACCCCGCUCGAGGACAACAUGCCCGUGCUACUCGCUCUCGCCAGCUUCUACAACUCCACCGUGCUAGGCAUGGACUGCGUCGCUCUUUUGCCGUACAGCGAGGACCUGUGCCUGUUCCCUCGCUACAUCCAGCAACUCUGCAUGGAAAGCAACGGGAAGUCCGUGCGCAUGAACGGCGACAAGCUGAGUUACGGCACUGGCGAGAUCUAUUUCGGCGAGAGUGGCACCAACGGUCAGCACAGCUUCUACCAGCUGCUGCACCAGGGCCGCGUGGUCCCCUCCGAGUUCAUCGGGUUCAUCCGUAGCGACAACCGCGACGUAGCUGAGAAUGGUGUGACGUUCCAUGAGGAGCUGAUGGCCAACUUCUUCGCACAGCCCGACGCACUGGCCUACGGCAGAACCCCUGAGCAGCUGAAAUCCGCAGGAUGUGCUGACAACUUGGUGUCGCACAAGGUCUGCAGCGGCAACCGCCCCUCUGCAGUGAUGCUGUUCGAGGAGGCCACCCCCUACACGGUUGGCGCCCUAGUCGCGCUCUACGAGCACCGCGUGGCCGUCCAGGGCUUCCUCUGGGGCAUCAACUCCUUCGACCAGAUGGGCGUCGAGCUGGGCAAGGUGCUAGCCAGCGACAUCCGCGGCUACUUCAAGGCCAGGCACUCCGACUGGGCCUCCGUGGAGAAGGACGGGCAAAUUUCGUACUCCACUACGAGGCUGCUUUCGCUAUUUUCGGGCUCCGCCUAA